UAAUAAUUGCUCGCCAAAAACCGAAAACCCUUCUUUCUGCCUUGCCUUCCGAUUGGUGCUCUUCUUCUUCUGGCUCUUCCAUGGUUGCAUCCCCUACUUACUCUCGCAAUCAAUUUAGCAAAUAAAAACAGAAAAUCCGAAUAGAAAAGCUUUUCCUUCGAUCCAGAGACGGGCUCUUCCAGCAAUCGGAAAAAAAGAAACGGAAAAUGUCUCGCCGGUGGCGUUGCCUCUCUCUCCUUAAACAUCUGACCUCAACAACGGCGAGAAACACGUCCCGACCUGAUCUCCAAACCCGAUCCGUCACCUACAUGCCCCGGCCGGGAGACGGAGCUCCACGUCCCGUCACUCUGAUACCCGGCGACGGAAUCGGGCCUCUGGUGACCAACGCGGUGGAGCAGGUGAUGGAAGCGAUGCAUGCGCCGGUCUACUUCGAGAAGUACGAGGUGCACGGGGAUAUGAAGCGCGUGCCGGAAGAGGUUAUCGAGUCAAUACGCAAGAAUAAGGUGUGCCUCAAGGGCGGUCUGAAGACGCCGGUGGGUGGCGGAGUGAGUUCGCUAAACAUGCAGCUGAGGAAGGAGCUGGACUUGUACGCCUCCCUUGUCAACUGCUUUAACUUGCCUGGUUUGCCCACGCGCCAUGAGAACGUGGAUAUUGUGGUGAUCAGAGAGAACACGGAAGGGGAGUACUCUGGGCUUGAGCACGAGGUCGUUCCCGGCGUUGUCGAGAGCCUCAAGGUGAUUACAAAGUUCUGUUCAGAACGUAUUGCAAAAUAUGCCUUUGAGUAUGCAUACCUGAACAACAGAAAGAAAGUUACAGCUGUGCACAAAGCAAACAUCAUGAAACUGGCAGAUGGUUUGUUUUUGGAAUCUUGCCGAGAGGUUGCUACAAAAUAUCCAAGUAUCAAAUACAGUGAGAUUAUUGUAGAUAACUGCUGCAUGCAACUUGUUUCCAAACCAGAGCAAUUUGAUGUCAUGGUUACUCCUAAUCUGUAUGGUAAUCUUGUUGCGAACACUGCUGCUGGUAUUGCUGGAGGGACUGGUGUCAUGCCUGGAGGCAAUGUUGGAGCUGACCAUGCCAUUUUCGAGCAAGGUGCCUCGGCAGGGAAUGUAGGAAAGGAAAAGAUAUUGGAACAAAAAAAUGCAAACCCUGUGGCUUUGCUUCUCUCAUCGGCCAUGAUGCUAAGGCAUCUCCAGUUCCCUUCCUUUGCUGAUCGACUUGAGACUGCUGUUAAGACUGUAAUUUUGGAGAGUAAGUAUCGGACCAAAGAUCUCGGUGGUACUAGCACCACACAGGAGGUUGUCGAUGCUGUCAUUGCUAACCUGGACUGAGAAUUCUUGGAAGAAUUCUUAUUUAAUGGGGAAGCGCGUCUGCUAAAAAUUUAGUUCCUUCCUUCUAUACCAGUAAGGGUUUGUUUUCCGGCCGAGUUGUCAGUAAUGGUGAUAUUCUUUUGAAAUAAUUUUUGAGAUAAUUGUAUGACACAGAACUUGUUGCAAUAAGAAGCAACUUGUCUUCACAACAAGUUUAUUUUGAAGUUGCCAUUUUUCUUCUUUAAAGAAGAGCACACUUGUGGUUGGACUAAAA